AUGUCGACCCGUCGCGCCGUCACCGGGGCGGUCUCGACCGUCGCGCGCGCCCGCGCGUCGAUCGCGCGCGUCGUUCGCGGCGCGCGAACGACGGGCGACGGGGAUUCGACCGAUGCGCGCGCCGCCAGUCGAUGGCGCCGAGGUGAACUCUCGCGCGCGGAUGUGAACCCGUACGGGAGCCGCGCGCGGGGGCGGGUGAUCGCGCGGGCGAUCGAACGCGUCGAACGCGUCGCCGCGGCGACCGCGCGGCGCGCGGGGGGGCGGACGACGCGGGAAGACGCGAUCGAGGGCGACGACGUCGACGCGACGGGAGACGCGAGGCGCGGCGCGAGGCGCGAUGGAUGUUUUCUCGAGCGGUGCGCGCGCGUGGCGCUGGUGGGGGCGCCGAACGCGGGGAAGAGCGCGUUGGCGAACGCGCUGGUGGGUGAUACGGUGAGCGCGGUGAGUCGAAAGACGAACACGACGAGACGACGGGCGAUCGGGUGUCGAACGGUGGGCGACGCGCAAGUCGUGAUCGUGGACGCCCCAGGGGUGGUCGGGCGAGAGCACUACAGGAACGCGGCGCACGGGAGAAAGGUGGAGCACGCGUUCGAGACGGCGGCGGAGUGCGACGCGCUCGCCCUCGUUGUGGACGCGAGACGACAGCUCGAGCGGAGGGACACGAGGAUAUUGGACAUCGUGCGUCGAGUGCGCGAGGCGAUGGAUGAGAUUAGAGAGGACAAGGGUGCGGACGCGCGCGCGGUGUUGGUGCUGAACAAGGUGGACGACGUGCCGAAGGAACUCAGGGCGGGUCUGGUGAAGAUGGUCGACGAUUUCCAAAAGGCUGGGGGCGAGGGGUUCAAGUUUGAUCGUGUUUUUCCGGUGAGCGCGCUCACGGGGGCCGGGACGCGAGCUUUGCUCGAAUAUCUCUUAGACACCGCUCCGGAGGCACCGUGGGAGUUUGACCCGAUGAAAUCGAGCGACAUGACUGACGCGCAGCGCGCGUUGGAAAUCGUUCGGGAGAGCGUGUACAACCGACUCAACGCCGAGAUACCGUACGAAGUCGACAUCGCGCACGUCUCUUGGGAGGAUUUCAGAAACGGCGACGUACGCAUAGAGCAGAACGUACUGGUCGAUACCGCGUCACAGCGUAAAAUUGUCGUCGGGAAAUCGGGAGAGGUCAUCGGGCAAAUCGGCAUCAGCGCCAGAGUACUCCUCGAGCACGUGCUUCGUCGAAAAGUGCAUCUCAUCUUGAACGUGCGUCUCAAGAAGAAGAAGAAGAAUUACCGCAUGUCCGACGACAUCAUAUACGCGGAGAACUAUUAG